AUGGCCCUUGUUUCAAUGCCACCAUGCCACCCCGCAAGCGGAGAUGCUGUCAACACCGAGGGCCUCCUGAACAAGAAGAGAGCCUCGAUUCAUUAUCCUGAUGAUUCGACGGCAGCAAAGAGAUUGUCGCUGCACUUUGGCCAUCGCUGCCGCUCCUUGUCAGAAUCGUGGGCAUUCAUGCCGACAGAGACUGUCCUCCUAGAGUCUCUGGAGAAGAAGAAGAAGCAGGCAUGCAACCUGGCUUCGACUUCAAGCAAUACCGGCGCACUGGAUGAGGAGAUGGACAAGGAGCUGCUCAAGACGCUUUCGUCGUUUCUUCAAAGUCAAGGGGAACCAACAUCGGCAACGGAUAGCAGCAGCAAGGGCAUUGUUACCGUCCGCGACUUUGCUUAUCCAACCUCACAUCGUUUCCAUCGAGGUGAUUAUCCUCCCGAGCCGGUCUACGAGGAGUCGGACAUUGAGGAGGACUAUGAUGAGAACUUUGGCACCCGAGGCGAGAACGAGGAUGAUGAUGACGAGGAGGAUCGUACCCAGGGGCAGGCCCGUGGACUGUACGACUUUGACGCCGAGAAUGAGAGCGAGCUCAGCUUCAAGGAGGGCGACGUUGUGUGGAUCCACUAUCGACAGUUUCCAGGCUGGUUCCUGGGCGAGAAGGAGGGCAAGUCUGGCCUUGUCCCGGAAAACUAUGUACAAUUGCUUUAA